UCAUGUUGGCAGGUCUAAUACGUAUAUGACUUUAUGCUUCUAGUUUUCCUGAUUCUGAUUAUUGUUACCGCCUGUGUGACAAUUGUGGCAACAUAUUUCCUUCUAAAUGCUGAGAAUUAUCACUGGCAAUGGACUUCAUUCUUGUCUGCGGCCUCGACAACUGUCUACGUCUACUUGUACUCGAUAUAUUACUACUAUUCGAAGACAAAGAUGUUAGGGUUCUUCCAGACUAGCUUUUACUUUGGGUAUACACUGAUGUUUUCUCUUGGCUUAGGGAUUCUUUGCGGUGCUGUUGGUUACUUGGGCUCUAAUCUGUUUGUAAGGAGGAUUUACCGGAACAUCAAAUGUGACUAGUUCUUUUUUAUCAAAAAGAGAGACUAUUAUAGCUUCUUCUCAUCAUUUCCUACGAAUUCAAGAGAAGCCUAUAUUGGGUCCCUGGCAAAUUUUCGCAAGGUUUGAGGAUGACGUGUAACUAGUGUUUGCGGGAUCCCCAGAAAAAUAUCCCCGUUUUUCUGGGUUGUAAAACCAUAGUCUACUUACGUUAGAAUCCAGUGAUUGUCCUCAUAAUUGAAAAAGGCUAGCGCGAUGGACCAUGCUACAUGAACAUUAAGAGCUACAUCGGGGGCUACAUAAUGGACACGUGGCGCCUCGACAUUGGCCGAGACGCCUGCCGCACCUCAGGCCCAAAGGCGUCUCACCAAUCGCGAGGCGUCGAGUGUCCAUUAUGUAGCCCCCUAUGUUCAUCUAGCAUUUUCCUUGUUCAUUUUGUUCUGAUAGUAGCUUGUCAUUUGGAGAAGGAAUGUAUUAAUGGAGAAUUUCGAGGAAACAAAUUGUUUGAGGAAAUUACAGCUAUUUCUACACGUGCAUUAUUCUAUAAAUGAAAUAUCGAGUUGCGACUUUUCUCUUUCGUUGCUUCUUCAUUUCA